AUGCGGCUGAUGUGGGAGAUCCUGAAGGAGGAGCCGGGGCACCGCCUCGUGCAGUCUGAGGACCACGCCGUGAGUGUGUCGUUCGCAACGCUCGAAGCCGUGGGCUUCGGCUUCUAUCGAGGCAUGUGGGUAUCAGCAGCAGCACAGGACCGCGAGGUGGACGUCAUACACGGCGCGGGGACCCUCGGGCUGUGGGGCGAGGACUUCGUCAUACACCACCUGGCGGGCGGCAUCUGGGAUUCCGGCCGCCUGGCGCACAAGAGCACGAACCCGCUCGCUGUCGCGCAGCUGCGCUUCUCGGAGACCUCGGGGUACAUCCUGCCGCGGGUGGCGUGGAUGGAGGGCGACGCAGACGGCACCUUCAGGGGCCUCGCGGACGACCUGGUGAACACACGUCCCCACCCGUGUUGCAGAAGACGCGCAGCCGAGUGUCAGACCUGA